AUGUUCAAAAGUCUUAUACCAAUUAAACUAUUUUACACUUCUGAAUUUUACCGGAUUUACAAUAAAAUUAGUAGGAAUAAAUCUUUAAGCUUGUUUUUGAUACUGAUUUCUUAAUCAUAGAUAUACUAUUUAAUAUGCCAUCCCUUUUCUAAGCUUUUUCAAAUAUAUGCAAAACCCCUUUUUUUGUUUAACAAAUUCUUUUAGAAUAUCAAGUAUCAAAUUUACUUAUUAAUAGUCUUGACUUUCAAUAUGGUAACACUGAAAUAUGGUCUGAACUUUUCUUGAUUAUAAUGUUGGCUUUGCAAUUAUUAUAUUUUUUGUGUUUUAUCCAUCUUUACUAUUGUUAAAGAAUUAAAGUUAGAAAUCAGCUCUUGAAGAAAUAGUUUUAGUCACUAUAGUAACGGGACUCAGAAGUAUCAGUCUCUUUAUUUUAGAAUGAAUCAAAUAGUGCAAUCAAUCUGAUUUAAGUAUCUGAAAUUUAUAUAUCAUUUGGAACAAAGAUUUACAAAUAAUUGUUUCAUUAUCCAAUUAUUCAAUUGGCCUUCCGAAAAAUGUUCACAUUAUCAAACUAAAGUAAACAUAAGAUUAUAAAUUUAGAUUCUGAUUUGAAUUCUUAUUAAAUUUUAGUAUUAAUCAUCACCUACUUAGUAUUCUCACUUAAUAUCUUAUUCUAUAUUCUGAACGAAACUCAUAACAUCCAAUACUCAUUCAAAAAGGUAGAUUAUCUAUCCCGUUUUUAUUCAUCUGGCACUCUGCUGCAAUCAUUGACAAUAGAAACCAUGAUAAUUGUGGUUUCUAUUUUAGAUAAUUUAGGAAUUGAUGAGAUGGCCACUUUGAUGAUUCAAAUAGCCCUGCUUACUCUAAUUUUAACAUUAUCUUAUAAUAGCCCAUAAUAUUAAGAAGAAAUGGUUAAUAAAAUUCAGAUCUAAUCUUUUUCCCUUUAUUUAGCCAUUAUUUUGUGUAUACUCAUAUUCGCAGAAGGACUUCACUAGGAAUUUUCGGAAUUGAUUCUGAUUAUACUUCCAUUUGUAUUUGAGAUUUCUAAGUUAAUAUUUAGGAAAUAGGAGAACAAGACCCAGAAUUUAAGUUACGAAAAUAAGAAUUUCGAUUGUUUGAUGAUGAACAUUUAUAAUCAAUGCUAAGAAACUCUAGGCAGAAAUGGAAUAUUGUUAAAUGAAAGCAAAUAACAAUUAACAAAUAAUUUAAAUCUUUACUCAUUUUCCACCAACCAUUUAAUUAAUUGUGAAAAUGCAAUCAAUUGUUUUUGUUGUUGUUACAAAAAGCAAGAUGAUCGCUUUACUUCUCGAUCAUAAUUUAAACAAUACGUAAAGGAAUUAAUAAGAUUCCAUUACGAAUUAAAAUUAUUGAGUUUGAACAAAAAUAAUUCUUAACAAUAUCUGAAAAGCUACUUUUAUUAUAUCCUAUACAUAUCAAAAGUGAUUAAGUAACCUACUAAGGCAUUCCAUGAGAUAAUCAAAUUGAAGAAUAAUAUGUAUUCUGGUAUGAACCUCUUGAAUCAAAUGUUCACAAAUUCAAUUGAAAAUCUGGUCAAACAGGAUUUUUUAAUGAUGAUUGAAAACAAAAACAUUACCAAUCAAAAAUAUGAUUGCUUUAAAGUCUUUAAUUACAUUCAGUCAAUAAAUUAAUGGAAGGAAAAGUUUGGAUAAAUCCUAUAGAUGUAAAAAUAGUGGUACAUGACUCUAUUAAACAAAAAUCUUACCUAACUUAUAAUUGAUGGUAUGCACUUGUAAAAUUUAAUCUCUGCUUAAGAACAAUAACUCAAACUACUUUUUAGUUAAAACCCACUUUCCUAAUAAUGUCAAGUCUUAAUCCAUCUAUUUUAUAAGUACAUAAACUUCAAUAGGAGAAAGAUUGAAAUUCCCGCAUUAGAUUCUUCCCUUGCUUAUAAAUUUUCAAAUUCAAUAAAUGGAAUCUUGUUUCAUAAAGAAGCGAGUCUUGUCUAUUUAACAUUAUUAGAUACUAAAGGGAUCAUCAAAAAUUACACUAAAACAUUUAGAGAUGCUCUAUGUACAAUAGAUAGUGAAAUAAUGAAUAAUUCCAUCAAUAAUUUCAUUCCAGAUAUUAUAGCAGAAGUGCAUGAUCAAUAUUUAGACAACUUUGUUGAGAGAGGCAGAAUCAAUAUAAUGAAAUCGGACAGAAGAUUUCUGUUGGUCAAAAAUAAAUUAGGGUUUAUAUUUCCAAUAAUAGCCAAAGUUAGAUUGGAGACAGAUUUGGGAUCGGAUUUUGGUUCAUCUGCACUUAUACUUCCUACCUAUCAAAAUUAUCAUUACAUCAUGUUGAAUAAACAUGGUUUAAUGGAAGAGAUUAGUGAUAAAUUAUACAAUGAAGUUAUCUCUCCAAUUCUUUGCAUUGAUCUUAAAGAUCUCAAAUCUUUGGAUUGUCUCAAACUAAUACCAAAGUUGAUAAAAAGUUGGAAAUCACUAAAUUAGACUAAUGUUUUGGACUAGGAACUGAAAGAACCAACUCAAUCAUAUAUUGUAAUUCCGAAGAAAAGAAAAAAAUAACAAAUACUGUUAUCCUCAUACGUGAAAGAGAAGAAAUAAACCAUUUAUGAUUUCUUAAAAGGUUAGGAUCUAGUUAAUGAGAAAUAUUUUGACAACUUCAAAGAGAUGUAUAUGUUUAGAAUUACAUUCAAAAUUGUUGAGUUUUAUACAUUUUAGGAAACGUAAGCAACAUUUUUAAUUUUAGGAUUUAUUGUAUUGAGAUUUAAACAAUUAAACCUGUUCGUGAAUCGCAAAGAAUGGAAAUAUUUGAAAAAUUGAUAGAAAAAUCAGAGUAUGCGAAUCUCAGUAGAAAAUUCAUAAAACUAAAUUAAGAGAAAAUGGAUUUCAAGAAGUUAAAAACUAAAAAGUUAGAAGUAACUAAUUAAAAGGAAUCACUAGGGUUCAUAUCCUUUUAACCUGAAAUUUAUAAUUUGGACACCUCAAAAUUAAUAGAAGAUGAUUAUAUGAUUAGGUAGAAGGAAAUGCAAAUUCAUUUGACUAAUCCUCUAUAUAUUUUAGAAGUAAAUCUUAAAUUAAUAUAAGAUAGAAGAAUAUUAAAAUCUAAUUAGUUAACCAAAUAGCCAAGAUAAGAAAAUAUCAGAUCAAUAGACAUUUCGAAUGAAAUCAUCAAUUGGGCCUAGCUUUGGUGCUUUGAAUCACUUUGGUAGCAAUUUCUCAAAUGGGGUUAGUUAAGUCUUUGGGUCUGAUUAAAAUAAACUCAUUGUACACUCCAGUGCAAUAUUGGAGGCAUUGAAUGAAAAUAAAGAAUCAAUAAAAUCCAAGAAUUCCGAUGAAGUCAUGGGAUCAAUAGAUAAUUUUCUAUUUGAUGCGGAUUAGAUGAACUCUAUAUCCUCGUCAUAAAUCAGUGAUAUCAAAGUCAAGAAAACCCAAUUGAAACACAACUUGUUUGAUGAACAGACUAAGCAGCAUUGGACUAUACGCAUUAUUAAUUUGAUGACAUUUACUCUGCUUAUCAUCUUUAACAUUUUCUACUAUUAUGUCUUGAAUUAAGAAAAUAAGGUAAAGUAUAAUAAUUUACAUUUUGUAGAUAAUAGACUCAGCACUAUAAACAUACAGGUUGUCAAACAAUUUUUAAGUAUAGCUAAAUAAUUUCAUUCUGACCUUCAAUUAUUCGAAUACAAAUAGAUUCAAUCAUUCUCAAUACAUGAAAUUUUGUGCCAGUCGUUUUUAGAAUGACAUAGCUAAACUCUAAUACUAUUCCCCUAAUAUAGAAAAUAAUUCAAGUAAUAAUAAUUAAUUUAAUAUUAAGUUCAAUAUCUAUAGAUUAGCGAAUUUGAAAACAUUACAAAUCUGAGUCUGUUUUAUUCUUUGGGAUAUUUCUCUUAAUAUUUACUCUCGCAAUCAAAUUGUUCUAAUUAGGAGUAUUUUUUAGAAUUGAUAGCCAGAAAUUUCAUAACAAUAAGUACUUCAAAUUCUGUAUUAAAUGCAACGGUCAUCAAAGACGGAGUAGAUUAAUUUAGGAAUGCUUAACAAUAAACAAAAUUAUCGUUUUAUUUUACUCUGAUAUCACUUUGCAUUGCAUUUUUGUUUUACCUCAUUCUUUUGAUCGUUAUUAACAAAGCUAAAUAGAAGAUAAUUAAAUUGUUCAAUACUAUUUCAAAGACCCAAUUGAGUUGUUUAAUUGAUUAGAUUUCAGUAGUUGUACAUUUUUUGGAUAAGAUUGACUUCAUUAAUGAAGAAACUACUGAACAUCAAUUUGAAUAAAUAAAGUCAAAAAUUGCUUCUACUCCAAGGAUCAAAAUCAAUGCUCCCUAAAAAAGAUAAUCUUUGAAAGUGAAAUAAAACAAAGCGAAAGAAAACAGUAAAAGUUUUUUUUAUUUUAGAUUCUAGCUGCUCUUAUUUAUUUGAUUUACUCUGCGUUAUUAUUACUUUGUUACUUUAUUAUCUCUUCGUAGUACAUAGGCUCUCAAAUUUAUUAAAAUUCAUUUGAAGAAGAUACAAUAUAUUCAUUCAGAUAAUUACUACUCUACAAAUCAUCCCAAUCCUUUUUGUUAUAACAGAAGAGCUUCUAGAAGCUUCUAAUUAAAUAUGUGUAGAUAGGAAAGGAAGAGAUGCUUUUUUUAAAUCAAUGUAACAUUAUUUAAUUAAUGAAUAGGGGAUGAGGCAUUAAAGUUCAUGGAAGGACAAUUAGAUGUUCUUUAGAGUUUCAUUCAAAGAUUGAAUGAUUAAAAAUCAUUUUAAAAUGAAAUCUUCACAAAUACAAUAAAGAAGAAUGCCUGUUAAGCCUUUUAGUUUACUAUUGUGAAUACUACUGACGAUAGAGAGUUUUUCAACGAGGCCAUCUGCAAAAACCUUGAUAGUCUGGCAUCAGGUUUAACAAUUUAAUUAGUUGCUAUGUAACAAACUUUAUAAUAAUUCUAUUCGAUGAAUAAAUUGAAUAAUAAACAAUUCAAAUCCUAUUUGUCAAACAUGGAGACGAAUUCAACCUUAGAAAAUGAUAUCAUUAGUGUGCUUUACACGUCUCAUGUUUUGGCAUUGCUGCAUGAUUUCGUGGCUCAAGAAGGCCAAUAGGAAUUAUAUUUUAAUUAUAUAGUGCAUACUAUCAGAUUCAUAUUUGGAUUAUUGGUUUACCUUGUUUUAAUUAUUAUAAGCAACAGGAAUAUAAGGUUGUACUUGCAUAAAGAAUUGAUUAGGACGAAGCAGUUGUUUUUGCUGAUACCCUUGGAAAUAUUGUGCGAGAAUGCAAAUGUUUUAUAACAAUUAAUAAGAAACUAGAAAUGAGAUGUCAUUAUUAUAUAUUAUAAAUAUUUAUAUUUACAAGUUACUUUAAAAUGUCAAAUUAAGUAUCUAUAUCAGUUAAAGAAUUGAGAGUCAUAAAAACUCCAAUUGCCAAUGAUUUUAGUAGUUUUAGAGAUUUAUAAAGGCUCCCAAUAACUAAAUCUAAUUUUAAAAGAACUUAUCUAAAAGGUGCUUCGCAUAGGGUAAAAUCAUUGAAGGAAGAAAAUCAAUUUGCAGAGGCUCACAAGAGAUAGGGGAAUGAGAAGUUAUUCAAAUUCAACAGAUAAGAUCAAUUAUUGAACAUUAGAAAUAUGCAUUUGCAUAAAUUAGCUCCUAUAAAUACGGAGCCUUAUGUUGAUGAAAAUAAUAAAAUUUAAAACAAAUAAAAAAUAAGGAACGCAGAACCAAAUAAUUUAAACUUAAAACUGAUAACCAAUUCAAUUAAUUAGACUAUGGAAUUAGUCUACAACCCUCAACCGAUCAUCAAAAAAUCAAUAAGAUUUCCCUUAUAGAAUGCGACUCAAAAGACAGAAUUUCAAAACUCAUUGUUAGUCACGUAAGUAACUCAUUCAGGCCUGAAUUCUCCAAAAGAAACAUAAAAGAAAAAGGUUGAAUUGUCAAUUCUGAAACCUUCACAAAAGAAAUGUCUCAAAGAUAUCUUUAUAGAUUCCAUCCAAACUACUAGUUAUGGUUCCAUUCGUAUGGAUACCAUAGAAACCAAAUACAUAUCUCCUAAACCAAAUGUAACUACAUCUUUGGAUAGCACAAAAAAAAUAUUGAAGUAAUAUUUAUGA